AAAGCUGCUGACGUCAAAGGAACGGCCAUCUUUGAUGAGGGCAGAGCUCACGUUGCAUUGAAGACGAAACCUCGGGGAGGUCAGGCGUUCUUUCCUUCCCUCCCUGCCCGGUGGUUCCUCACUCUUGCGACCCUCAGGGACCGGCGAACAGCACCUUCUGAAGAAGCCAAGAUACAAUGAUUCCUUUAAGUACCUGGUCAUCCAUACUGAGUGAAAUAUAGCUCAUAAAUCGAGGCUAUCUUAAGGUUCUGGGGCCAAACCUAUCACUGACUUACCAGCCUAGGCACCCAACCACCCCCCACCACUACCAUGGCUGAAGAUGCGGACAUGCGCAAUGAGCUGGAAGAGAUGCAGCGGAGGGCUGACCAGCUGGCCGAUGAGUCUCUGGAAAGCACCCGUCGGAUGUUGCAGCUGGUCGAAGAGAGUAAAGAUGCUGGUAUCAGGACUUUGGUUAUGUUGGAUGAACAAGGAGAACAACUGGAACGCAUUGAGGAAGGGAUGGACCAAAUCAAUAAGGACAUGAAAGAAGCAGAAAAGAAUUUGACGGACCUAGGAAAAUUCUGCGGGCUUUGUGUGUGUCCCUGUAACAAGCUUAAAUCAAGUGAUGCUUACAAAAAAGCCUGGGGCAAUAAUCAGGAUGGAGUAGUGGCCAGCCAGCCUGCUCGUGUGGUGGAUGAACGGGAGCAGAUGGCCAUCAGUGGUGGCUUCAUCCGCAGGGUAACAAAUGAUGCCCGAGAAAAUGAAAUGGAUGAAAACCUGGAGCAGGUGAGCGGCAUCAUUGGAAACCUCCGUCACAUGGCCCUGGACAUGGGCAAUGAGAUCGAUACACAGAAUCGCCAGAUCGACAGGAUCAUGGAGAAGGCUGAUUCCAACAAAACCAGAAUUGAUGAGGCCAACCAACGUGCAACAAAGAUGCUAGGAAGUGGUUAAAUGUGCUCUCCUGUGCUCUCCUCUGAAUGUUGCUGGUCAAGAGAGCUCCUUCAUGCUUUUCUCAUGGUAUUACCUAGUAGGUCUUGCACACACACACACACACACACACACACACACACCACCAUCGUACAGGUGUCCAGUGUUGUCUGUCAGCUUCCCAAUAAUAUUGUAUGUCUUUUGUUCUCUCUGGCUCUUUCUUUCCAAAGGUUGUACAUAGUGGUCAUUUGUGGCUCUAACUUCCAACCUAAGAUGUCUUGGGUUUCAUUUUCCCUUUUCUCAGUGGCGUUUGCUGAAUGACAACAAUUUAGGAAUGCUCUAUGUGCUGUUGAUUCUUCCAAUACACAGUAUUGUUCUCGUAAAACUGUGACAUUCCACAGAGCUAGCACCCCAGUCCUUUCUUUGGGUGUCAGGCUCUGAAUCUCUCCAAAUGUGCUGUCUUUGGUUCCUCACGGCUUUUAUCUGUCUUUAUGAUUUCAUGAUUAGACAAUGUGAAAUAACAUAACAGGCAAUGCACUAAAAGUGAUGUGAUUUAUGCAUUUAUGCAUGAGAACUAAAUAGAUUUUUAGGUUCCUACUUAAAGGAAAACUUUCCAUGACAGUAGCAUACUGACGAGAAAACACACACGCAACAGCAACAAUAACAGCAACCACGCAUGCUCAGUAUUGGGACACUGUCAAGAUUAAGUUAUACCAGCGAAACCUGCAGUAGUGUCACUUUAUUUCUGUCAACAUAUAGAUUUAUUUGUCAUAAUCAUCCUUUUUAAAAAUAAAUUUUAAAAGAUGGAUUUGACACACUCACUAUUCAAUCAUUUCCAGCAAAAUAUAUGUUUGGCUGAAACUAUGUGAAAUGGGUGUAAAAUAAGGUUUGUUUGCUGCUUUUGAAAGCUAUGUUUUAAAGAUAAACUCUUGCUGUGAACGAUGUGGAGAUGUAAAUUUUCUAAGUCUGACUCUUGUUGAUCACCAUUUCCCUGUGGUUUGUUAUCAAUACAAUUCUUUGUUGCUUAAUCUAGAGCUAUGCACACCAAACUGCUGAGAUGUUUAGUAGCUGAUAAAGAAAUCUUUAAAAAUAAUAUAAAUGAAUGAACUAUAGAUAAACUGUGAGAGAAAUAUCAAUAUAGCAUGUAUAUUAAAUUCCUCCUGUCUCCUCUGUUGGUUUGUGAAGUGAUUGACAUUUUGUAGCUAGUUUAAAAUUAUUAAAAAUUAUAGCCCCCAGA